AUGGCAAUCUUUGGCAACAGAGAAUUCACAAAUUCUAUGCUACUAUACUGCUUUCUCAGGUAUGUUACUGUCAUCGGCCUCCAUCAUUAG